UCUUUUUACUUCCAUUCUUCUGUAGACAUUAGGACCGCGCAGCCCCAACGGCUGGAGCGAUAUAUUACUCCAGUAUACGUGCCCUAAACAACGGGGAACGGGGAAUCAACCCGGAGAUUAUCUAGCCGACGAGUUUUUCCACUUUUAAUCCAAGGGAACCGGUAUUAAUGGAGUUUACGAAUCUCUUCCUCAACUCUGAGCACAUUUUAUCCAUUUAAAUCAUAUCAUCUCUGGUGUGUGUGGCUCACUUUUUUGCUUUUUCCGUGGAGGAGGACCCGCUGUUGAUCUUAUGUUCCCCUCUCUCUUUGUGCGCCCUCCCGGUUCUCCAUUCGCCAGACGCGGAGCAGAGCCGCAUCACCAUCAUCAUCAGCGCUCGCGCUGCCUCUCUCUCUGCGCUCGCAGUCAGGACCCGUGUGCCCUGCUAUCCCACCACCAUGAAUUCGGAUAUUAAUAUGUACUUGGGUCGAGAGAAAACGGGAAUCAUGCGAAAGAGAGCCCUGCUACUCAGGAAAGGCUGCAGUUUCGAAAUAACGAGCUCAGCAUCAGAGGAUCUUGGGUGCAGGCGGGGAGAGUUCAGCCGGAAACACUAUGGAUCAGUUGAACUGCUCAUCUCUAGUGAUGCAGACGGGGCCAUACAGAGAGCUGGGAGAUUCAGAGUGGAGAAUGGAUCAAUAGAAGAGACCUCUGACCAUACGCCUGGAACAUGGAGGAGAACUGACGUCCAUCUGGAGAACCCAGAGUAUCACACCAGAUGGUACUUCAAGUACUUCCUGGGAAAAGUUCAUCAAAACUAUGUGGGGACGGAUGCUGAGAAGAACCCCUUCUUCCUGUCUGUGGUUCUGUCAGACCAGAACAACCAGAGGAUCCCACAGUAUCGAGCCAUCCUCUGGCGCAAGACGGGUACUCUAAAAAUCAGCCUUCCAUACAGUCCAACAAAAACACUAUCAGUCAAAUCUAUAUUAAGUGCCAUGAAUGUGGACCGUUUUGAAAAGGGCCCGAGGGAGAUCCUUAACCCAGAGAUUCAGAAGGAGUUACUGGUGCUGGAGGAGCAAGAGGGCAGUGUAAAUUUUAAAUUUGGUGUUCUUUAUGCCAAAGAUGGACAGCUGACAGAUGAUGAAAUGUUCAGCAAUGAAUCGGGAAGUGAGACUUUUGAUAAAUUUCUGAAUCUCCUUGGUGACGCGAUCUGUCUGCAGGGCUGGGCAGGGUAUCGCGGAGGACUGGAUACUAAGAAUGACACUACAGGAAUAAAUUCCAUCUACACAGUCUAUCAGGGUCAUGAGCUCAUGUUCCAUGUUUCAACCAUGUUACCUUAUUCUAAAGAGAACAAGCAACAGGUAGAGAGGAAGAGACACAUUGGGAAUGACAUCGUGACCAUUGUGUUUCAGGAGGGAGAUGACGCCUCGCCGUCCUUCAAACCCUCGAUGAUUCGCUCCCAUUUCACACAUAUUUUUGCCUUAGUUCGAUAUAAUAGCCAGAAUGAUAGUUACAGGUUGAAGAUUUUCUCAGAGGAGAGUGUGCCGCUGUUUGGCCCUCCCCUCCCUUCCCCACCAGUGUUCACUGACCACCAGGAGUUCAGGGACUUUUUACUAGUUAAAUUAAUAAAUGGAGAAAAAGCCACUCUUGAGACCCCCACUUUUGCUCAGAAACGUCAGCGUACACUGGACAUGCUGAUUAGAUCCCUGUACCAGGAUCUGAUGCCUGACAUGCCCAAGGUUCCCUUCUCUCCGCAGAACAUGCUGAACCGACGCUCAUUCAGCGACGUACUGCCAGAGUCGCCCAAAUCCGCCCGUAAAAAAGAGGAGGCACGUCAGGCUGAGUUUGUUCGAGUGGGACAGGCCUUGAAGCUGAAAACUAUCGUUCGAGGGGAUGCGCCCACCAGUCUAGUCACCACUGGCCUUUGCAGGAAAGAGCCAUGGGAGUCACAGUCGUUCUGCAGUAGCUUCCCGUAUGAUAUAGUCUGUGGAGAUUCAUGGGGACAGUCAUUACUGGUCGCCACAGAUUCAGCAGGGGUCAUGCUACUGGAGGCAUCAGAUCCACUCUUCCCCAAUGCAGAUACACCAACUCUGCCUCCGGUGCAGGUAUUUGACAAAACCUUGACUGUAAAACAAAUGCACGUCCUUGAACCUCAGGAUCUCCUCAUUGCAAGAGCAGAUAAGGGGAAAGAUGCUCGACUGUAUGUUUACCGACUGAGCACGCUCAAACGAGGGAUCGAGGAGCGGCAGCUUGUCCGCACCAAGUGUGACAGUCGAGAGAACAAGCUUGAGAAAACCAAAGGCUGCCAUCUCUACUCCAUAAACACGCAUCAUGGGGUGGAGCUCAGAAUCAUUGUGGCGAUAAGAAACAAGCUUCUUCUGAUCACCAGGAAACAGUCACGGCUGGAUUGCCUCAGCUCUAUCGCUACAGUCACAGGGACCACCGACUCACCUGUGGACGAUUUCCAAUACAUACGAGAGAUCUGCUUAUGUGACUCCCCGGUGGUCAUGGCCCUGGUCGAUGGCCCAACAGGAGAGAACGAUCACAUGAUCUGUGUGGCCUACAGACAUCAGUUUGACUUGAUCAAUGAAAGUACAGGAGAUGCCUACAGACUACACCAUGUAGACUCCAACCGGGUGAACUUUGUUGCUGCCAUAGAUGUGUAUGAAGAUGGAGAGGCUGGACUACUUCUUUGCUAUAACAAUAUUUGCAUCUAUAAGAAGGUGUGUCCGUUUAACGGUGCAACUCCUAUGAUUCAACCCAACACUUCAGACUUCCAUUUCAGCUGGAACCAAAUGCCCAAUGCUAUUGUGUGUGCGUUUCCAUAUAUACUUGCAUUCACCACUGACUCCAUAGAGAUCCGGCUAGUUGUUAAUGGCAACCUAGUAUAUACAGCUGUCGUUCCAGAAUUGCAACUGACUGCGUCCAGAUCGGAUAUCUAUUUCAUCUCGUCAGCACCUAUAAACUCUGCCUCUAACUGUAGCUCCAGAGACACUAGUUCCCAGAGUUCCCCUCAGACUCCCACCGGCUACGAGAUGCCUGUCUUCCCUUCACCGCUUGGAGAUGAUUGUAUUCGGAUCCCCUACGGCACCAAGCUAUCCCUCUACAUGUCUAAAGACUCUGAAGGUGAAGUUCCCCCAAAACACAUCUAUAAGAUCCCGUUGAGCAACCUAGUUGGACGGAGCAUAGAAAGGCCCCUCAAGUCUCCAUUGGUCAAUAAAGUGCUCACGGCACCUGCCUCCAGUUUGAUCGGCCCCACUCCCAUGAUCUCAAGCACAACCUCCCUCUCACUGUCUCGCAUGGAGAUCAAAGAGAUCGCCAGCCGCACACGGAAAGAACUACUGGGUUUGACUGAGGAACCCAGCAGUAAGGCAGAUGGUAACUCAGUGAAACAGAGAAGAAUGAGCAAGAAAACCAAGGAGGAAGACCAGAGGAGAACAGCAGAGAUCAGCACCACUGAUCAGCAGGUAUGUCCAAUCAGAGUGGGAAUGGAGUCUGUAGAUGGAGAAACUGAUGUCCAGCAGCUUUGCUCAUCUGGCUCUGAGGUGGAGCCUCGAGGUGAUAGCCCACCCACGUCCUGCCCUUUUACCUUCGCCACAUCUUUUGAGGAGGAUAUUUUGGAUCUUAAGUGAUGACAAUCACAGUCUGUGGAUCACAGUGCACCUCUCACCUCCUACUAACUUUUACUUUAUAUUAUUCUUUUAACCAUGUUAUGUAGAAUUUUCUGUUUUCCUCAGUCAUCUGUGUGUGCAAAUGCAUCCCCUUAGCUUUAAACUUUACAGGAGAAUGAGUUUACAGUGUGGUGAUGUCAAAAUUUACUCCUGGUGGAUGUAUGCAUGUGUGUGCAUAUGUGUAUGAUCCUGUGUUUACUCUAUAAGAAAGAUAAAAAUACAACUAGAAAAUCUGAUUAUCAACUAUCAUUUCCAAAUUCUGUUCGAAGAAGAAAUAAAUUUACAGAAAAUUUCCAAAAACUCCAAAAAUCUAAAUGACUCAAGGCUGGAUUGGUGAGACACAUUCUCCAUAAGCUUUGGGACAAAUCUAUAGCUUUGUAGCAAACUUGUAGCCAUAUGAACAGAAAUAAGAUAAUUAAAACCUUUCUUAAAAGGUCUGAGCCACAAUUUAAGUUAAGGCAAAAUAUUACUUUUCACUCCAAGGCCAGAAUGUAAGAUUGAUGCUCCUAAAACAAUGAAACAUAUUUUUUAACUUGUUAUUUUGCGUUUUUAAAUGUUUUCUAUGUUUGUGAUUUGUACUGUACAUUGUGUGAUUAUCAAAGUUGUAAAAAACUCUAUAUGCAUCUCAGGCCAGAUGCACAUGAACAUACAAAUGUAAACAUAUACAUAUAUAUACCUUUCUAGUUGUAUUAUGGAGAAAUAAAACUAUCUUCUUAUGUA